AUGGAUGCGCAGGAAGCCUACCUCCAUGAGGCCGAGGACGAGCUCCUCGCCACGUCUUCGUCGUCGUCGUCGUCCUCCGACCAUGGGUGGCAGAAGGUUACCUACCCCAAGCGCCAGAAGAAGAUCGCCUCGGCGAAGCCAGGGACAUCCGAUCCGCGCGUGAAUCCUCGCAACGGCGGUGCAUCUUCCUCGGUUUUCGCCUCCGUGGAGCAGAAGGCGCUGGAGCGCCGUCGCGCGCUGGAGCUGGCCACCACGGACGCUGCUGCUGCCGCAACUGCAGCUGCCUCCAGAUCGAGGACCACCGGCCGGCAGUGGGGUGACUCUAACGAGGAUGAUAGCAGCGAGGGAGAGACUGCUACGGGGAAAGAUGACGGUGCUGGGGAGGUGAAGAAGGUCAAGGAGAAGAAGCCGAAGAAACCCAAGAUGACGGUCGCGGAGGCGGCAUCGAAGAUCGAUUCCGAGGAUCUCGCAUCCUUCCUUCUAGAAAUUGGGGUAAAUUUUCCGAAAAUCUAAUUGCAUGUUUCAAAAAUUGAUAUUUUGAUGUUUUCUUUUGCUGAUCUUGAUUCGCUUUUGUUGAGGUAGGGAUCAUAUGAAUCGCAGCAAGAUAUACAGUUGAUGAGGUUUGCGGACUACUUUGCGAGAUCUUUUAGUGCUAUUAGCGCGUCUCAGUUCCCCUGGACAAAAAUAUUCAAAGAAGGCCCUGUCUCCAAGAACAUUGAUGUAAGAAUCGUUUCGUUAUUGUAUAACUAUAUAUGCACCUACUCCAAUAUUUGGAGUAGAUAAAUUUUUGAUGAUCUAAUUUUUAGUCUUAAAUUUAAAUAAAUGGUAAGGCUCCGAUUCGAUUUUCUGGAUUGUUUUCUUUUGUCUGCAUUUUCUGUUUCUCAUUUUUCUACACCUUUAGGCAUCUUGUUUCAAGAUGAAAAUUUUGCAGCAGCCAGGAGUGCUUGCAUGCAUGUGAUUGUAAUAAGAUGUUUGAGUACCUGGCAUUCUAGACAUACAUGGUAGGAAAAUCUCGUCAGCUUGAGCUCCAUUGUGUCCUUCCUUCUAGGAAAAUGAGUAGUGGUGCCUACAUCUCAGAUCAGAGGAAAUUUUGGGUCUGAUCUUAUUCAUCCUUUUGUUUUUGGAUGUAAAUCCUUCGUUUUGUGACAUGAUCAAAUUAAUAAUGUGGAGACAAAUCUACUGCGUAUCAUCUGAAUGGAUGCAUUUACUUGUCUCUUUGGAUUAAUGAUUUUCUUUUUGGUGCAUAAUGUCAUGGGCGUUAAUUAUCACUAUUUUUUUUCUGGAUUUUAUUGAAGGAUGUGAUGAUCUUCACCCAUACUGAGAAGCUACAUUUGCGUCUGACUAGUCUAUUCCACUCUGUAACUCCAUGUCCGUUUCAAUUCAGAUGUCUUGUUUUUUCCUAGAUCUGUCUGAAUGAUUAACGGUUAUCAAAUCUUCAGAUAUACGAUUUAAUUUUGCCAAGAUCGUGGUGAGUCCUUCAAUGUUUCCUUAUAUUCAUAUUCCACCGAUGCUUGUUGCUAUUCACUGUGUGGUUAAAAGGUUUCACUAGAUUUUCUGUUCGAUGGAUUUCGUAUUUUUGAAUGUGGUCUCUCCAGUUCAGGGAUGACAAAGUUAUGAGCGUGUUGUUUUUGAUCUUUUAAUUAUAGUCAUGAAGUUUUUACCCAUGAUGAAUGCAGACAUCAACAGUCACCAGUUGAGGAAAAUAAUUAACGAAGAUCUGAACCAUUGUGUCCCACAUUUAAUUGUGUAGACAUGUGCCUGAGUAGUAGAUCUGCAGGUUUAUAGUCAGUCCUCAUGAGAGCGGCAGGAAUAACAGACUUGUGGAAAAUUAGGUAGACAUGAAAGAUGAUGAAGGUGCUGGAUCUUUUAUCUGAUAAAGACUCUAUUACCACGUUUAAAAUACAAAAACUUAUUAACAAAUGAGGCACAUGAUAACAUUAUUGGAAAUUUUCUUUUGGUUUUUCUUACGCAUUUUUCUUCUCCUUCUUCCUCAUCUUCUUUCUCCUCUUGUUUUUGCCUCUCUUCCUAAGUAGUUCCCUUUUAUAUUUUAUCUUCUUCUUCUCUUCUUCUCUGGUCUGAUAAAUCUUAAAGGAGGACGAAAAUUUCAUUAAUCGGCCCUCAGUUGGGUGAGAUGGCUUCAAUCAUGUAGAUCUUACUGAGAUCUUCCUCAGUUCAGCUGGUUCAUCAUAAGAAGGAUAAACUUUCCCAUAUGAUUUGGUAAACUUUCCCAAUAAAAGAGAGGUGUAGUUGUGGUGCUUCUUUUAUUCAUAACAGAUCUCUAGAAGGCAUACUAAUUAAGAUGCACACUGGUAUAUAACCAUGGCCAUAUUUGUUUUGCAUUCUUCAAUAUUAUGUGGGCUAUCUGGUUUAUUGUUUUGUUCUUCCAGGAAACACCUGUUGUUGCACAAUGUUCGGUAGGCAUCGGAAUUGUUGAUAUUUGACACUCUUUUUAGCACUUUGGGGUGCCAAGAGGGUUAAUAUUUGAAAAUGUAUUGACUAGGAAGGUAAGUAAUUCUAUGCCAUGAGAGUGAGAGAGCCAGUGGUGCAAAGGAGUUGGUAACCGUUAAAAAAGUUGUCGUAGGAUGGAUUAUCUUCAAAAGACAUUUAACAUAAUCAUCGCUGCAUGCCUUCUUACUUUUGCGACUUGGGAUUUUGGUAGUUUUUGCUAGCCAUAUCUAAUACAAGCAUCUUGACUGCAAUACUAUUGAUACAUCUUCCGAUCCUUUCUUUUGUACUGGAAUCUGAUAAAGAACCGUUUUUCUUGCAAGCAGGUACCUAUGUCUUACAUCUCUGAAUCUGUAUACAAAGUUUCAGCUGAUUGGAUUGGUUACAGAUCAAAUGAGGCUCUUGCCACUUUUGUCCUAUGGUCACUUGACAAUCUCCUUGUUGAUCUGGUCAGUCAACAAGCAAAUCUUAAGGGCUCGAAAAAGGCUGUUCAGCAGUCACCGACUAAAGGACAGGUAAUUUCAAUUGGUUUAGCUAUGUUUUCUUCUCUACAUCAAAGCGGCCCUCUCACUACCUUACCAUUGCAGCCAUUUGGAUUUUUAGAUGAUUUCAAGGAAGACAUUUUCUUUUUCUUCCUGAACAGAGAUCUGAUAUUGAUAUGUUCCUUUUAAUGCUGCAUCUCAUUAACAGAAUUAUUCACAAUUUGCUUCUUUAUACGUUAAUAUUUUUCUACUACAUCUUAUGAAGGCCUUUGCCAUGUCGUUUAUUCUUUGCAAAGUAUUUAGUAACUUACGGUUUUACUUCCAGUGGGCAUCUAGCAUUAAUUACUCAUCAUUGAUUGGUACCUACUUACAAUUUUGGAAGCUAUCACAAUUCAGUUCUUGGGAAAUCUUAAUUAGUUACGUACAAUUUGGUGUCUAUGUCCAGAAUCCACUGGCCUAUUCUUUCCAAAAAGUGGUUAGUGUCUUCCCAUUUUUGGAACCAUUUGGAAAUGAAGAAAAUGUGGGUAAGGCAGGGUUUCUAAGGUGUUAAAUCUGCCUCCUGACCAGGAUAAUAAGUUAAAUGUAAUAUUUAAAUAAAAUAAAAUUGAAUAUUUACUAAAAAUAUGAAAUAAAUUUGAAGAUACAGAAAAGUUUCAGAUGCAAAAAUUCACACAAAGUUUCAUAAAUGCUAUUAAUUAAUCAUCUAUAUAAAUGAAAUAAUGACGAUAGAAUACUCAUUUCAUGAAAUUUUUAAUUGAAAUUUUUAGCAAAAGUGAAGACAUUAAGUAUAAAUAGAUAUGAGAAUGAAUUAUAUAGAUGUUUGUGUGUGUGUACACGUAUGUGUCUCACCAGAUGCACAUAUUUUUGGCCUCUCUGAACCGAAAGUACAAUGAGUUGGCCUUUGUUUAUCCCAUGAUUUAAUGUUUCAACAGCCUCAAUUGGGUUAACUAUAUUAUUAAUAUUUAGCGGUUAAACAUGAGUUCAAAUUGAUGUAAUAUUUGGUCGCCCUGGUCUUCACUUCGUUUGUUAGCUAUGUUCAAGUGAGAAAUAGGAGACGUGGAUGACCAUGGAGGGACUUAUAACUUUGUUCAGAUAUCGGCAAGAGCCACACCAUUAGGGAGGCGUAAUUUCCUUGUGAAGAGUCGAUAUUUUAUGUAGAGUAUCAACAUACUUCUCUUUUCUUUCUUUCCAUAAAGAUCUGAGGAAAAAAAUCAUACUACAGGAGAACCGACAACCUUAAAAAGUCGUAUACUUUCAUUAGGAAAGUGACCAACCUCUGUUGGGGCUAUCUUUGUACUUUGCCUAUUUCAAAUGGGUCGAUCACUUGGGGAUCAUUUGUAAUCAAAAGUCAGUGGACAGAUGAUUACUACCUUGGGAAACAUGGGAAUUUAAAAAAUCUAAAGCUUGACUAGGGUUUUGGAUGUGGAUAUCACCUUGCAAAAGCAUUAACAUCUCAUCUCCCAGAACAUGUUUGGUGAGAAAUCACUAUAUGCAAAACUUGGCCAGAAUUUCAAUUCAUCAGAUGAAUAGUAAUGAUAAAGUCAACUGCAGGUUGCAAUGUUUGCUGUUCUUGCAAUCACAUUGCGAAGGAAGCCCGAUACACUUUUGAGCAUCCUAUCCACAUUGAGGGAUGAUCGUAAGUAUCAAGGACUGGACAAACUUCCUGUCCUCACCUGGGUCAUUGGUCAGGUAACAAUUGUAUAACCUUUCCAUUUAUAAUCCUUCUGACUGGAGGAUCGAAGAAAGGGCGGCUCUGGAUUUGAAUCACCAUCGCUACUUCUUCCCUGUGCACAGGCUUCUCAAGGAGACCCUGUUGUCGGUUUGUAUGCCUGGGUACACAAUCUUCUGCCUCUGUUGUCAGGAAAACUUAGUGGCAACCCACAAGUGAGGGAUCUGAUUUUGCAACUUGCAGAGAGGUAUGUGCUCUUGGAAUAUCAAUGGACAUGAUUAUUCGUUAUUCCCAAAUAUAUCAAGUGGGCCUUCGUCUUCCUAUCAGAAUCUUGUCGGGCCCGAAAGCUCGCCCCAUCUUAUUGAACGGCGCCGUUAGAAAAGGGGAGCGCCUGGUGCCGCCUCCGGCCAUCGACCAGCUGAUGCGGCUUACCUUUGUUGCUCCCUCAGUCCGCGUCAAGGUCUGUGUCUGUUGUUGUAGCCUGGUUUUCCAAUGAGGGCGGUCUCAUAUUCGAGAGCCUUGCAGGCAACCGAGAGGUUCGAGGCAAUCUAUCCACUGCUUAAGGAACUGGCUCUUGCGCCCUCUGGAGCCAAGGCAAUGAAGCAAGUGUUACUACAGCUGUUGACUCUCUCCAUCAAAGCGAUGAAGGAAAGUAAGACCCGAUGCCACAAACCCAUUAUAAAUCAUCUAUUAUUUAUCCUUCCAGAGCUUUCUUCUCUGAUGAGAACUUACAUUUGCCUCCCCUCUUUGUCAGACAUACCGGAAUUGUCAGCGGAAGCAGCUGACGUCUUCAUCUGGUGCCUGACUCAGAACUCGGAGUGCUUCAAGCAGUGGGUAAGCAGGUUAUCUGACGGUCUCCAGUUCUGCAGCUUCUCAAUCUCUUCCUAAAUCUGGGUGUGUUAAUGGAAGCAGGAGAAGCUUCAUAUGGAAAACAUCGAAGCCAGUCUCAUCGUCCUUCGGAAGCUCUCCGCCGAGUGGAAGCACCAGUACGCCGCUAAGUUCUCCUCCCACGACGCCCUGCGGGAGUCCCUGAAGAGUCUGAGGGAAAAGGUGGGCGGGGGAUCGGAGAUAUCUUGAAAUAGAAUCAUAUGAUGGUGAGACUCUGACCAAGCCCUACUUUCCAUUCUUGGAACAGAACCACAGGGCCCUUGCGGGAGACGUGGAUGCUGGCACCAAGGCGGCCAUCAAGGAGGCGGACAAGCACUGCAAGGCAGUCCUGAAGAGGAUCACCCGCUGCUCAGCCUGCGGUGUGGCCGGCGGGUUGCUGGCUGUUGCCGUCGUUGUUGCUGCAGCUGCCCUCAUUGCUUCACCGGCGGCCGAUUCCUGGGACUGGAGAGGGCUCCACUCCGUCUUCAACUCCCCUCGGUCCUUCUAA